CCCUGGGAACCCUGUAUUUAGUCCGUGUUAGACACAAUGAACCACUUCCAGUUCACUAUCAUCAUUCCUAGGAGGUUAUAAGGCUUUUAUUUUUUAAAAAUCAUCGAGUGACUGAAGGGUUAGGAUUUACUGUUUCAAAAUAUUUUUCAAAAAUUCUUUUGCCUGUGAGGAUGCCAUGGAGAGUAAUAGUUGUUAAAAAGGCUUUAUGUUUCGCAGUAUGGCGUGUGACUUGAAGAGGACAGCUCUUGAAACGAGGCUCUCUCGUGGCUGGACUGGCUUCAGAUGUUAGAAGAGUCGUUGCCAGGGAUGUUGAGGUGUCGUCCUCAAAGUCAUUAUAACAGGCAAGGUGGCUGGACCACGAGCCGAAGUUUACAGCGUCUGUCAUCAAAUCCACAAAAGACGUUGGAAUGUCUUAACAAUGACUAGUGAAAAAAGUAGGGUGGCCUUUAUCUAGUUAUCUCAACCCAAAGAAAAAAAGAGGACAGUCGGCCUUUAUUGUUUUUAUUAUUUCUUCCUGUAAUUGUUUUUUCUGAAUCUCUGAGACACUGAUUUAAAAUAAAAAGAAAACUAACAGAAGGGUUGGGGACGGACGAAGACGUGAGCCACAUAAAAUGUCUUUCUGUGAUGGUGUAAGGACAAGGCAAUCGUGUCGUGAGGAAAUGCUCUACAAUGGCGGGCGUUGGUAGCCUGUUCUACUUCUGCGAUGGAAGAAAAUUGGAAUGGGUAGGAGGGGGAAAAGGGAAGGAGGUCGGUUCGUUGGUUUCCCAUAUCGAUGACGUAUUGCUGGGAUGGCGAAACCUUGGCAUUUCUGUUUGAAAGUGAGGUCUUUGCACGCUACAGUGAUUGUAAUAUAUCACACCAAAGAACUCGCUUCGAGUCUGGCCAGACAUACCGAUAUAAAUGAACAAACAAAACGGCCAAAGAAGCUUUGGCUUUAAGCAGACGAUGUGUUGCUUGCUUGUUUCUUCCGUUCUUUACACCGAAUCAGCUACUGAUGCUACAUCAUGGCAAGCUAGUCCAGUGCUAUAAACAAGUACAAGAUCCGGGGAAAGAAGUCGCAUGUCGGUGCGAGAUCUGAACCUGUGACCCCAUGAUCUUUGCUAUUUUGGUGACACGUGCUUGGCUGUGUGCUACCGUGCAUGCCGCUUUUUAAGCAGAAGAGGAGAAUAAAAGACACGCACGAGGAUUUCAAAAGGUAGAAAAUUAAACAUCAUUCAGUAGUCGAUGCAGUGGUUAAUAUUAUUCGGUGCACGAUGGUGAUGCUUGGUGUUUUCUGCUUUUUCAUGUUGAGCUGUUUCCCUGCAACCUCAAGCAAAGCUGGAGUCCAUUAUGAUAAGAUGUUCUUAGAAGCUACUGAUGUUGCAGACGAUUUUGUUAAGCAAGACGACGGAGCUAGUGUCACACCUCUGCCAGAAUUCACUCACGAAAACCAGUGGGAGACUUCACCAGCCACGAAAAACUUUUCUGUUUCAACCUCUUCUAGGCCUGAACUAACUUGGAAGGACACCGAAGUAGUGACCAAUACCUCGGUGAAGAACAAGGGUGACUUGGAGCUUCUGUCGACAGGCACCACGAGUGGUGAUGUCAUGUCCUUCUCCAGGCUCAACGGACCUUUCUUUACUUUCGCCACAGCGUUUGCUGCAGGACCAAUGAAUGGGUCUCGGGUAUUCGACGGACUCUUCAGGGGAGAAGAGACAAAACACAGUCUUUCUCACGUUUCCGAAAGCCGUUCUGAUCACGUGAUCACGACAGAAUGGUCUGACAGAGGUGCCAUGCUCGAGAUGGCCGCUGACAGUACGAAGGAAAAUAGGAGCAGCGGCGGGACAAGAUCCCCAGCAAACCUGUGCUCUGUCAGUGUCGUCAGCGAAGACAUCCUAGUGGACUACCACAACGACUCCCAAGAAGCUCCGCCGGUUUUGUCUCCUGAAACGUACGCCUAUAUCAGCAAAGUUCUGGACAAUGUACGCUUGCCGUGGGACGUCACUUCCGGCUUGCUGACCCUGACGAGUACAUGCAUAUAUAUGCUUCCGGGCAUGCGCAGUCCCACAGGCUAUUAUCUCGUCUCUAUGAACUUGUUUGAGACGCUGUCCGCGCUUACCGGAGUCGUGGGGCUGUGGUGGAGAACAGUGGAUGGACCCGAAGUUGCUUACACUGAGACGUACAACUACGUGCAGAUGGUGUGUGCAAUGUACAUCAACCUCUGCUGCCGGCGCUGCGUCUACUGGCUGGCGGUCGUCGUGUCCAUCGAGCGAGUCUUCGCCGUCAAGUGUCCACUGAGGGCCCGCUACGGCAAGCUGGUCAGGUUUCCCAUGCUGUUUAUCUUGGCCGAUGUGACUGCCACAGUGGCAUUUCACACCUACAUCCCGCUGUCUUAUCGGGUAGUGCAGAAGGAGGCUACCUGUCAGUACCACGUCACAUUCACGGCCUUGUACCUGCAGCAGGUAGAUGACUUUCAAAUCGUCUCCAACGCCGCGAAGUACAUCUUCGCCUACCUACCCCUGUUGGCCGGGGUCUGCACCAACGUGGCCUUGUACCUGGCACUCCAACAGGAGUCGCGCACUCACCUGUCCCUGUGCGCUGUCCACCAGGGGGCGCCACUCCGAAAGAAGAUGCUGGUACAGCGACAGCUGGCCCUGGCUAUCUUGGUGUCGAACACUGUGUUCACGCUGCUGUCACUACCCAACAACACCAUUCACCUGGUCUCCACCUACCACGCAACCUUCGGCCUGGGCAAGCGGGACCAUCACCUGUACCUCAUCCUGUCCCACGGGGCUCUCCUCCUGGUGGAUCUCAGUCGCGUCACCAGCUUCCUGUCCUACGUCACCCUCAGCACCAAGUUCCGGCGAAACGUUCUGCGCAUGCUCACGCCGCGGUCUGCGCUGAAGAAGCUCGGCGCCUGGGGGAUGGGCGACUUGACCAGAGCUACGGUCGACACGCGGUUACAAAUAACAUUCUCCAGCGGAGCAGUGCCAACUGUCACUGGCAGCAUGUCUGUCUCUUAUGCUUAAUAUUCUGUUAUUUAUAGUUUACUUCUUGGUUGCUGACACCUUGUAGAGGUAGUUAUAUGUAUGAAAGCGAGUUCAACCCUUUAGUCUUUAGUAUUUACUAAUCUGUGUCGUGAAAGAUGUUAAGGCUAACCUUUGAAUCAACGAGCUAGUACAGUAAAUAUAAUAAAAAAAUAGUAUGUAAGUCAGGUCAAAAUUAACUACAAUGAUUUUAUUUCUACACAUUACAGAAAAAUGUGUUACUCUUCAAAUGGCGAGAGUGUGUUAUUGUUUUGAAAAAUAUUGAGUACAGAAUUUUGUAAGAAGAAAAAUUUUCAACGCAUAGUCAUCGAGGCAGCACGGACUUUUUUUUUUUUUUAUAUAUAAAAAGGCGUCUAGCAGCCUCUUAAUUAGUCAUCAUGCAUAUUUAACUAAUUUUGUAUCAUGUUCAUCAAAAUCACGGUUCCCGUACGUCUAGAGCAUGUAUAAAUUUUUUCCAAUUUUAUUAUAUAAAAUCGACUAAAAGCAGACUAAUCUAUUCCAGGAAGCGUAAGUGUUCAGGUAAUUUAUGACACUCAUUAUUUUACAGCAACUCUUGAAUUUAGAUAAAGAUUUUUACAAAAUAUCUUGAAAAAGUAAAUGGUGUCUGCAUAUCAUUUUUUAAAAUAUUGAAAUUAGACCAAAGGAGAGUUAUUAUGAAGGAUUUAUUAGUGGUCAGCGUUAAUUACUUUAGCUGGACUGCGAUUAAUUGUUUAAUGUAAUGCAAAUUCAUCUCGAGUAUUGUCACUCUUUAUAAAUAACGGGUACUGCUAAUCCCCACCCCUUUAAAUCCUUUUUUCUCCCCUUGCCGCUUUACCUGUCCGCCCGGUGGCGCCUGUCUCCAAUACAGUCAGGAUUGUCUGUCCUGGGUUCAGAUCUCGUCUCAGGCUUGCUGUUCUUUCUCUGCAUGUGGCACCUGUCUUUACAGGGCUGGAUGCUUUUUGCCGUGAUAUAGCUUAAUUGCUGGCUUGGCAUAACACUCUUAUCAUACCCCUUCUUCCCUCCAAUCCGCGUUACCUCUCUCUCACUCAUUCUCUGGUUUAGUUACCACCUAGAUACCACUCUCCGAGCUUUCAAGUUUGUCUCAUUUGCUCACGUGUUUUCUAGCGGAUUCUUGGCUGCAGAUGUUUUCCUGUCAGAGUCACCAUGACUCAGGGUCAAAGAUUUAUUUAAAGUCUCGUAAGAACACAUUAACCUCUGCGCCCUAGCGAUAUGCGAACUAUUAGCUGCAAAUUAAGCGUGGGAAGUGAGAUUAAAGGGUUGUCAUGGAAGUCCGUUGUACACCGCCAUUUUAAAAUUAAUUUAUUUGUUUUCGUGCUAGAGAUUAUCAGCUUGGGAAAGGAGGCUGUAAAAAAAAAAAAUAGCAGGAAUUAGAGAUUUAGCAGAUGCACUUAUAUCUUUGGGGUGGCAGGUUUAAUUUUGAGCGAAUGCCUGUGGCAUUGUAUGUCUCUGUUUACAACUAAGCUGUGCUAGGUAAUGAGGGGACAAGAAAACUUUAUACAUACAAGUAAAAGAAUAAGCUGUCGUGGGAAAUUUUUGAGGAUGUAUCUCUACUCAUCAUCUGGAAUCCAUCCAUACAGCAACCAAAGUCAAGCACACACACACAUAUACACCACAUCCAUUUUUUUUUUUUUUUGCCAUCCUUUCAUCUACUUGGUUUCUCCUCUACUUGUCUUCCUCCUUCUCGCUAAACAGGAAGCCAAAGGCGAUUUCACAAGAUGGUGAUCUUGUGCAAGCGUUAAAGAAGGGCGGGUAUCACUUGUGAGGAACGGGUGGCGCAGACGGUAGGAGUUGACUCGCACUUUCUUACCGUACCUACGGGAGUGGUUAGGUCGCUUUGUUGUGCUGGAACUCUCUUCUGGCUUGUGUUUGUUUGCCUGUGGCUGCCAGAGAGCUUCAGGUCUCCAGGACCCGGUUGCAUUGCUCGGGCGUAGCUAGUCCCCUGCUAGUCCCGACUAAACCCCCUUAUACCCGACUAGCUAGUCUCCUCACUUACGCCGGUUGCACUGCUCUGGACUAGGCUCGGGACUAGCCACGUCCGAACUAGUAGCUACGGACUAAGGGUUUUACAAAAACCUUCACGGGCUUCCACCGCGAAACGAAAUUUUCACGCGGGAGAUCACUCUAAUCUCGAAAAUGUCAGAUGCUAAAGUGACAGCCAAAUUGAAAAAUAAAACGUCUAUGGAUUAAUAGUGACAGUCGCUGCAAAUCAGACGUUGCUCUUGUCAAAAUUUCGAACGGACUGCAACUGAAAGAAGCAGCGGAAAGAUGUGGUGAGGAUGGUGUGUGCCCAGUCGUCGGCAGAACGAUCAAUGCAUGAGGUAAAUAAACUGUUGUAAGUUUUUUGCAUGUAAACAACCACAAAAGUAAUGCAUAAAAAUAUUUUUUCUUUUGGAUAGGUGGAAUCAAUUUGGAAAAUAAAGUAUCGCUCUG